AUGAACCCUUCACGCCCCGGCGGCGGGCUGAGGAAAUGGUCCACCGGCCUUUUCCACUGCAUGGACGACCCGGGGAACUGUCUCAUCACAUGCCUGUGCCCCUGCAUCACGUUCGGGCAGAUCGCUGAUAUCGUGGACAAAGGCACCUGCCCAUGUCUCGCGAGUGGACUGAUCUAUGGGCUCAUCUGCGCCUCGACGGGGAUGGGGUGCCUCUACUCGUGCCUCUACCGGUCCAAGCUGAGGGCCGAGUACGACGUGGACGAAGGGGAGUGCCCGGACUUCCUGGUACACUGCUGCUGCGAGCACCUGGCGCUGUGCCAAGAGUACCGCGAGCUCAAGAACCGCGGCUUCGACCUGGGGAUCGGUAAGUGUGCAGCACUUGCUUUGCUUCAGUUCGAGUUCUCAGUGCUGCUGGCCAGUUUGCUUGGACGCAAGCAGCUUUUUGUUGUUCGUGCUCAUAGCCAUACCUACCGCUACCGAACACUGAUGUGUCGUACUCGUAUCUGUACGUGCGAAGGUUGGGAGGCCAACAUGGACCGGCAGAGGCGCGGAGUUGCCGGCGGCACGGUGAUGGGGGCGCCGGCCAUACCGCUCGGCAUGAUUAGGUAG